AUGCACGAGCUUACCCCACCAAUACUAUCCAUCACUCCACCCGUUCUUGCUCCGGAAGAGAUUAUGCUAAAUGUCGAUAUAGACUCGAAGAUGGACAUGGAUAUAGAUAUGGAUCAAGAGUAUUUCGAUCCUUGUGGACAUUAUCUUCCACAAAUUAUCUAUCCCGAAUCAUCUCUUCAAUCCUUCUUCAAUCUCAUUACAUCUCCAUCUAGAGCGAUGAUAGAUCCUAGGGUCAUAUCUCAAUUGAUUCAUGUAGACGAACUUCAAGAUCAAGACCAAAAAUUUGAGAUCGAGCAUCAAGGAAUGCGGAUCGAAGAUCUUUCCACUCCUUCGGAAGAUGAGCCCGACUCUCAGACCGAAUUAGCAAUGACGACUGGGCAGAACGAUAACGGAGGACCUUCCCCUCCAAUGCUACCCCAUAAUUCCACAAGGCUUACUCAAACGCUGCAUACUCCCUCAUUACGAGUCAUGCCCAGAAUCACCUCUCCAAUUCAAGCCACAUUCGCCACAGGACCAAACCUUAUUCCACUUGGUCGUCGACCGCCACGAUUUUUCGGUAAUCCCACGGGUGUGAAUAAUAAUAUACACCCUCAACGAUUGCCUUUCUUUGCUCCUUGGAUAAUCGUUUCCCCAAAGCCGAAUGAUGACCAUCAAAAUGUACCUCUUUGA